GGUGCCAUUGAAAUCAUUCUAGAGGAUGUACUUUGUCCAACUUUUAAUAAAGAAUAUUUAACCGAGCCAGAUGUUUAUUUAGAUGCUAACAACCAAGCGUUUGUUAACUUUUCAAUAAUUAAACAAUUUCCACCGGAUGUUCAGGUCCGCUUUCAUUUACUAGGAGCAUCGAUGGGUGAAUUUGUCAUAGAAACUGGAAUCGAUGUAGAGAUGGGCUUGUGUGAAAUAUUCGGUGAACCUGUUAUAAUGGGUCCACUUCUUAAAUUAUAUGGAUUCGUGGCGGCGGACUGUCCACCAUCUCCUGGUGUUUAUGGAAAUCAAGGCUAUAACACACCAAUGGAAUUAAUGCCAGAUGAUUUUAUACCUAACAAAUAUCUAUCAAUCGUUGAAUUUUCAUACGAGGAAGAAAAAUUAAUAAUAGUUUAUACAUACUUUAAUGUUCAGUAA